AUGGCAAAUAAAUUUGGAUUAGGUUCUUUACCUUUAGAUACUAAAAAACCUAACACUACAGCAUGGAUAAAUAAAGCAAAACCUUAUUUUGUGGAACAAAUUGGAGACACCCUUCAAGGUGAUUUAGAUAUGAAUAAUUUUACCAUUACUAAUUUAAAGUUACCAGAAAAUGAUUAUGAUGCUGUUCACAAGAAAUAUUUAAUGGAUCAAUUAAAUUUAAUUGAAGUAAAUAAAGACCAUUUAAAAGAAAGAAUAGGCGAUGUGAAAAGAUACUUCAAACUACAAAAAAAUAAUAAAGAUUUUAUUGAUGAUACUAAAUUACAACAAGAAAUGAUCAGAUUACAAAACAAAAAAAUAGAUCUUAAACAAGUAAUAGCCAAUAUUAAUCCAAGUAUAAGUGAAGAUAAAUUAACAACAUUAGAAACUAAACUUAUUGAUAAUAGUGAAAUACAAAAACAAAUAGCUGGUAUAAGUGAAGAAAAAUUAACUGAAUUAGAAACCAAAAUAGAUGCUAUUAAACAACAACUUCUAAAUGUAGUAGAUAAAACUCAGUUUCAAAGUUUAAGUUCAUUAAUAUCUAAUUUAGAUGAUUAG